GCCUUUAAGCGUCAUCGUGACACGUGUGUGAGGCGCCGGAGGCCCGGAUGGUGCGUGUGCGGGGCCGUGCAGAGUAGACGCCAGCGCCGCGGGCCUGCUUCCCGGCCUGCCGAGGGCCAGAUUCUGCUACUCAUUCUGGACCACAUGCUUGUGGCUUUGGUGAUUUAACGGCCAAAGCCGGGGAGGACGUGGGCCUGAGGGCCCAGCACCGCACCUGCCCGUCUGGCCGAGCACCUGACCCUGUGCUGCAAGAACAGUGCACCCACGUCCCGACACCCCAGUGAUGCGCCAUGCCCAUAGUGGACAAGCUGAAGGAAGCCCUCAAGCCGGGCCGCAGGGACUCGGCUGACGAUGGGGAGCUGGGGAGGCUUCUGGCCUCCUCCGCCAAGAAGGUCCUUCUGCAGAAGCUGGAGUUCGAGCCGGCCAGCAAGAGUUUCUCCUACCAGCUGGAGUCGCUGAAAAGCAAAUAUGUGCUGCUGAACCCCCGGCCGGAGGGAGCCGGCUGCCCCAAGAGUGGGGGUGGCGAGCUCGCAUCCGACGGGGAUGGGGACGGGGUCCCCGCGCCCCAGAAGGUGCUCUUCCCCGGAGAGCGGCUGUCCCUGCGCUGGGGACGCGUCUACCGCGUGGGCGCAGGGCUGCACAACCUCGGCAACACCUGCUUCCUCAACUCCACCGUGCAGUGCUUGACCUACACGCCACCCCUGGCCAACUACCUGCUCUCCAGGGAGCACACUCGGGGCUGUCACCAGGGCAGCUUCUGCAUGCUGUGCGUGAUGCAGAACCACAUCGUCCAGGCCUUCGCCAACAGCGGCAACGCCAUCAAGCCCGUGUCCUUCAUCCGGGACCUGAGGAAGAUCGCCCGGCAUUUCCGCUUUGGGAACCAGGAGGACGCGCACGAGUUUCUGCGCUACACCAUCGAUGCCAUGCAGAAGGCCUGCCUGAGCGGCUGUGCCAAGUUGGAUCGUCAGACGCAGGCUACAACUUUGGUCCAUCAGAUCUUUGGAGGCUAUCUCAGAUCGCGGGUGAAGUGCUCCGUGUGCAAGAGCGUCUCGGACACCUACGACCCCUACUUGGAUGUGGCCCUGGAGAUCCGGCAAGCCGCGAACAUCGUGCGUGCUCUGGAGCUGUUCGUGAAACCAGAUGUCCUAAGUGGCGAGAACGCCUACAUGUGCGCAAAAUGCAAGAAGAAGGUUCCAGCCAGCAAGCGCUUCACCAUCCACAGGACCUCCAACGUCCUGACGCUCUCGCUCAAGCGCUUUGCCAACUUCAGCGGGGGCAAGAUCACCAAGGAGGUCGGCUAUCCGGAGUUCCUGAACAUCCGUCCCUACAUGUCCCAGAGUAACGGCGAGCCCGUCCUGUACGGGCUCUACGCCGUCCUGGUCCACUCGGGCUACAGCUGCCAUGCCGGCCACUAUUACUGCUACGUGAAGGCCAGCAGCGGACAGUGGUACCAGAUGAACGACUCCUUGGUCCACGCCAGCAACAUCAAGGUGGUUCUGAACCAGCAGGCCUACGUGCUCUUCUACCUGCGAAUUCCAGGCUCUAAGAAGAGUCCGCAGGGCUCCAUCUCCAGGACGGCCUCAUCCCUUCCCGGCUGCCCUGGGGCGGCUCUGGACCACGUCAAAAAGAGUGUCAGCAACGGGCCCGCAUCCUCCCCACCGGCUGGAAAGAGACCAGACCCUGCGAUGAUGAAGAAGCCACAGACCCCCGAAGAGCUUGGGGUGCCCGUUGCCAGGAAUGGUUCCGUGUCGGGCCUGAAGCCUCAGAAUGGAUACGCGCCCCCAAAGCCACCUGUGGGGUCCCCCUCCCCCAAACUCUCCAAAACGCCCACCCACGCGCCCACCCUUCUGGAGGAGCCUGGAAAGAAAGUCAAGAAACCAGCCCCGCCUCCGCCCCUCUCCCCGCCACCCAGACCCUCUCAGGGGCCCCGAGGGGCUGGCGAGCCUGGAGGCAGCAGGGGUGAGGGCCGAGGGCCGGGCCCCUGGGGCGGCAAGGCCAGCCUCUCCCCCUCGCCCCGGCCCCUGGCCCCCGGGACCGCCAACGGGCUUGGGCCCCAGGCGGGCGAUGGGGGCUCCGCUGCUGAGAGGAGGGGAUCCGGCGGCUCCAGCCCUGAGCGCUCAGCCGGCAGUGGCCCCGCCAGGAACCCCCAGGCCCCCCAGGGCGGAAGCACCCACCUCUGCGAGUCUCAGGGAACUCCCUCCAGGGGGCCGCCAGCCCAAGAGGAUGCCAGGCUGGCCAAGGCCAAGUGCCCCAUCCUGAGCGGCGCUGCGCCCGAGCCCGCCAACACCAUGUCUCCUCCACCGGCCAAAAAGCUGGCCCUUUCCGCCAAGAAGGCCAGCACCCUGCGGAGGGCAGCCAGCAGUGACCUCCGUCCACCUCCCCUCUCUCCGUCCUCCGACCUCACCCACCCCCGGAAACCCGCUCACCCCGCGGCCGCCUCCACCUGGCCUCGCAGCACAAUCAGGGCUGUUUCACCUGCUCCCAGACCAUCCAGCCAUCUGAAGCCCCCCCUCGGCCCCCGGCCCCCGUCACUGCCCAGCAGCCCCCAGCCUCUCAGGACAUCAGACCCACAGAGCUGCUCGUCCGCCUCUGCGCCCCUGCCUCAGGUCAAUGGGGGCUUCCAGGCCCCUCCCCACCAGCCGCCAGAGGCCAGCGAGCCCCAGAGCCCCUGUAAGAAGAAGCGGAAGCCCUGCAUGGCUGAGACCGAGGACCAGGGCUGCGAGACCUGCACGGCCGCGGCGGCCCCACCCGGGAAGCGGCGAAGGAGGAAGAGGAAGCACACGGGGGACGUGGCCGCCUCCUCCCCGGCCCCGCAGGAGGGGCUGCUACAGGGACAGCCGUGGAGUCCCAAGCGCAGGAAGGAGGGCCGGCCGGAGCCGCCAGCGGACAGAUGGGAGGAAGAGGGCGGACAGCAGCAAGGAAAGCGCUGGCGCCUGGGGAGCAGCGGUUGGCCCGGGGGAUGUGUGAGCGACAGCCACCAAGUGAAUAGCAGGAAGAGGAGGCGGAAGGGAGCCGAGGGCCUGGGCGGAGAAGCCUUGGCCAGGGACCCGCCUCGGCGCGGGAAUUGCUCUCUCUCGGAUGCGGUCCUGCCAGAGACCACAGCAGCAUCACCCAGGAAAAAGAAGAAGAAAAAAAGGAAGGAGGAGUCCCAGCAGCACACAGACGAGAACCAGUCCACAGGCCAGAGGGGCAGGAGCGCUGCCGUCCCUGGGAGCCUGCUCCUGCUGGCUAUGAACGGCCAGGGCCCCGGGGAGCCCACAGGGCUGGGACAGACUCCUCUUGUAUCUUGGGACGGAGAGAAGGAAUCUGAUGUGGUCCAGGAAUUGCUGAAGUACUCAUCAGAUAAAGCUUACGGGAGGAGAGUUUUGACGUGGGACGGCGAGGUGUCCGCUGUCAGUCGGGACGCCGUUCAGGACAGCAGGCUGGCCCGUGCGGCCACGGUCAUCGAUGACUGGGAUGAAGCGUUCGACCGGGGCAAGGAAAAGAAAGUGAAAAAAUUCAAGAGAGAAAAGAAAAGAAACUUCAACGCCUUCCAGAAACUUCAGAGUAGACGGAACUUUUGGUCCGUGACUCACCCAGCCAAGGCUGCCAGCCUCAGCCAUCGCCGCUGAAUUCGCUGCUGUCGAGAUAGCCUGCAGGGACGCAGCGUCCCUUCCUGGGACUGUCCAUCUGGACUGAAGAGCCGCUGGCUAUGGACUCCGGCCCGGCCGGCUCCAGCCCUGCAGCGGGGCCUGCUGUGGGGGCGGCCUGCAGAGGCCCGGCCUGCUGUGGAUCAGGACCUCUGGUGACACGACACGCACUGUGACAAAACCGCACGAUGACAGGGGGAGCAGGGGCCGUGUGGUGACGGGGAGCCCGGGAUGGGCUGCUGGCCAGCGGCGUCUGGUCAGGGGCCUGGGGGUGGGAAGGCAGUGGCCCCGCCUGCCCGGUGUGUCCCGAGCACCGGAGGUGACAGCGUGCUGUCAUUUGCUCUUCUUGGUGGCCACCCAUCCCCUACUCCUGGCGGCAGCUGCUGCCGUCUGUCCUGCGCCUCCUGCUUCCUCAGGCGGGGGCUCCAUAUGCCUUACCUGUCCCCCCCGGGCCCCACCCAGCUGCCUCUCCCUGUGUGGAGUCGGGGCACCCCCCCCCCCAGCAAGAAACCCUGGACUGUCUGCCGGGCAGGUGGCUGUGGCGGGGCGGGGGCUGAAAUGACAUGGGCCCCGCCGCUUUCCAGGCCUCUUGUCAGUCCGCGCCGUCUCUGCUGGGCCUCGCUUGCAGCUGCAGGGGCCCGCGGGUCCGUAUUGAGGCGGUGGCCUUGGGGUAGACGCCUCCUUUUAUUUUACUACUUGAUAUAAAACAUUUAUUUUUGACCAGGCCUGUGGCUUCCAUUAGCAAUAUGUUUCCUUCCUCUAAUGUGCACGUACUGGCUCCGUUGGCUCCGUCUCGUGAGUGCUUUUGAAUUGAGAGGAUUGUGUAACUCAGCAAGAUCACGCUCACUUUUUUCUUGCCCAGGCUGCGCCUGCGAACUUGUCCUUCGAUAGAGACGGGGAGUCCUCAGUGAGGGCGAUACUGUCCAGGAGGAGCCCAGGCAUCCCAGCGGUGGGGGUACAGAGGCAGUCUGAAGACUACCCUUGGCACAGCCCGCGCUUCCUGUCCUCUGGGGACCGGCAGGCGGGGAGAUGGCCCUGGGUCUGACCGGCUCCUGUCCUUCCAGUGGCGUCCUCGGCCUGAGGCCCGAUGCCCUGCCUGCCCCCGCUUUCUUCCUCACGGAGCUUUGCCCUUUGCUCUGCAGCUCGUCCUGCGCCUGGAGGGAUCCUAGUGGUAUCGAAAAAGUGUCACACACUUUUUGUUUUUUGUUUGUUUAGUUAGGCACAUGGAGGUUCCCAGGCUAGGGGUCGAAUCAGAGGUGCAGCCACCAGCCUACCCCACAGCCACAGCAACUCGGGAUCCGAGCCUUGUCCGUGACCUACACCACAGCUCUCGGCGAUGCCGGAUCCCCGACCCACUGAUACGAGUCAGAUUCGCUUCCAUGGAGCCACGACGGGAACUCCGAAGGCUGCUUUUCGUUACAUGCUUUUUGUGCGAGGAGACACAUUAAUUUUUUCGUGUGGGUCAUUUUUGGUUUUUCUCCCUGUUUUUGUAUUUCCCUUUAAAAAGCUGUAGAGAAUAAUUCCAGCGCCCUGAGCUGAGGCUGUUCUGGUCCCAGUGGAGGGAAACUGAGCCCUGCCUGGGCUGGUCCAGGAACCUUUUCCCAGAGGACUGAUUCCUGCACGUCAGCCACACCUUGUUCAAAGAUGAGGGGCCCACCCCACUGCUCGGUGGCUUUGUCACUUGUCUUGAGAGGGAAGGCAGGUGCCUCUGCGGGCGAGGUUUUUUUCCCUCCUGAGAUGUUGGCAUUCAUUCCAGUAGGCACUGUUUCCCCGGCCGUAUUUUUGUCACAUUCUCUAGUUGAAAAAAGGAACCUUCAAGUGUUUGCUGCCACCGAAUUUCCCCUCUCUUCCUUUCUCCACCGCGCGAUCACGAGACCGUCUCGGAGGACCGCAUACCCGUGGUCUCCUGGGCAGUGACGCGCGCCAGCCCGCAUCUGUGCCCUUCGUCACUGGUAGGAAGAGGCCAGGCCUCCCCUCCCACCAGGAAUCCUUGGCCAAACUGCGAGGGAAAGGACAGGCCCAGAAAACCAGCCCCCACAUCCUAGGUGUCCCUAUAGAAGUCAUCAGAACCUUUGUAACAGCGUCACGCGGCUGACUUAGAAUACAGGUUUAAUUUAACUUUGUGUUUGGGGGCACCUCCCGGGGGUCCCCAGCCCUCUCACUCCCUGCCUCGCAGCCGGGGUCCCGGUCGCGUGCGUAGAGCCUGUGUCCCGGCACCUGCUGCCCUGCUCCAGGGGCCGAGGGGCCCCCGUCGCCAAGAUCUCUCGGUGCAAUAAAAUAACGAGUUUUUGUGA